UCCCAAAUCCAUGACUUGUCUGGUGAGAGCCUGGAAGGGAUCCAUCAAUGUUGACACGAUGUCGAAGACGGCCCACGAGUGGGUUUCUCAACCUUUCCUUUCCCUUCCCUAUGGUUGUUUCCAUUAAUCUCUCACAUUGCAUUUGCUUCGGCGUUCUCAUCCGUUGGACUGUGACAAAUCUGCCGGAUGUCGACCUGACAUCAUAGUGAUUGUACGGGUGAAUUUACAUCAUCACCACAAUUGAGUGCACAAUGUUCACGGUGCCGCCUCUACAAAUCCACGCUUUCCUCUUGUUCCAGCGUUCAUAUGAUUCAUAGGUUCUAAUCUCUUAGACCACGGCGAUCCGAUCCUCUCUGUUUUCCCUACGCAAACAUGGCCGACUCGGUAAUCCAGUUAAAAUGCAACUGCAACAACUAUCCCUGGGGCAAGACCGGGCGACAGUCCCUGGCAGCUCGGUUAUGCGAGAAAACGAACCCCGACUUCAAGAUCGAUGAGAGCAAGCCGUACUCGGAGAUGUGGAUGGGAACAUACCCUGAACUACCGACAUACUCACUCGAGACUGGCGAAGACCUGCAACAGAUCCUGAACAAGAACAAGGAAAAACUGAUUGGAAAGAAAGUGCUGGACAAGUUCGGGGCCGACCUGCCAUUCCUACCCAAGGUGCUCUCGAUUGCAAAGGCGCUCCCACUCCAGAUCCACCCGGACAAAGAGCUGUCGGAGAAACUGCACAAGGAGGACCCCGAGAAGUACACAGAUCCAAACCACAAGCCCGAAAUCGCUGUCGCACUGUCGCGAUUUGAAGCGUUCAUCGGGUUCAAGCCGGUCGCGGAGAUUGAGAAAUUGUUGCAGUUGGACAGCUUGAAACAGUUUGUGCCCGCGUCAGCAUCGGCGUUGCAGCUUGACGACGAGACGUUACGCCAGGUCUGUGCGAACAUGCUCAAGGCGUCCGAGGAUGCCGUGGCUUCCGCGCUCAAGGGACUUCGCUCGACUAGCCCAGAGCAGUUGGGGAACCAGCGAUAUAUUCUCGACCUGAUCCCCCGGCUGGAAGAGCAGUAUGGUCGCGAGGAUAAUGGCAACCUGGUCGCGCUGGUGUGCAUGAACUAUGUGGUAUUGGAGCCAGGGUCUGGGCUGUAUAUUCCGGCCGACGGCAUUCAUGCUUAUCUGUCCGGCGAUAUUGUGGAAUGCAUGGCUCGCUCCAAUAACGUUAUCAACACGGGUUUCUGUCCCAAACCGGACCGUGACUCGGCCGACCUUUUCACAAAGGCUCUGACUUUCAAGCAGCAUGAUCCUAGCGAACCCAUGUUGGAGAAGAAAGCGUCCGACAAGAGCGUCAACGGCAAGAGUUUCGAGUUCACACCCCCGAUGAGUGAAUUCAACAUGCUCGUCACCAACCUCGCUGCCUCGGAGUCGGAGUCAAUCAAGCCCGUCUUUGGCCCCAGUGUCAUGUUCGCCACUAGCGGACAUGGCAAGAUGACCGUCGAAGGGAAAUCCUUCACUCUUGAUGAAGGCUAUAUCUAUUUCAUUGGCCAGGGUGUCCGCGUCGACAUCACUGCCGCGGAUGGGCUGUCCGUGUAUCGGGCAUAUGCUGAAUGAGUGGAUGAACAUUGAACUCCUGAAAAAGAAGCCAUGAUAUAUGAUAUGACAUGAGUGUUUAGGGUUUAGUUUCCUUCGAUGCCAGUACGGUGGUGUUGAUUUGUAAAGGCAUCGGUACCAGUUGUGGAGUGGUCGAAGGACAUAUUCUUAGCGGCCAAAAAGACUACAGGUUGUAUUACAGUAAUAAAUUGUGAUGCAGAGAGUAAGAACGUGACAACAACUGUCUGAUUGUGGCAAUGCUUAGCAUGGCGUGUCUUCGUCGCAUAUUGUUGAUACAAUCAUCCAGCCCGGCUCUUCCUUGUACUCUGGGCCACAGGGCCAGGGGGUUCAGUCC